AUGAGUUUCCUCGACUCGGUUCUCUCUUCGCUGCAGACCGGCAAGGCUAGCCCACUUCCCAUCUCUCAGCCUCCUGCCGCUCCUGCUGUCUCUGCUACCAAUCGCGAUGGACGCCAGCCCGCUUUGAACGCAAAUAACAAUGGAGGAAUCAAGCGCAAGGCCGAAGACCAACUGACUGGCCCUACUCGCCCUGCAGGCCCAGGAUCUGCUAAGUCACCUGGUUCUCGACCUGUGACUACCGCCGCUCCUGUCAAGACCGCAAGCAAGCCGGUUUCCACCACGAACAAAGUUCCAUCCAAGCCUGCCUCAAAGCUCGGCACAGCUGGCACCACCGUCGCUAAGAAAAUUGCACCCAACAAGCCUGCUCCACCCAAGGCUACUAAAACUGCGGCCCCAGCGGCUCCAACCAAGGCCCCGCCCAAGGGUUCAUUCGCCGACCUCAUGGCACAGGCUAAGGCCAUGCAGGACAAAGCCCCAAAGGUGGGCGUCCUUCAACACCAUCAGACCGAACCGAAGGCCCGAAACAGUCACCGCGAGUUCAAACAGCGCCUCAAGGACGCUAAGAAGCUCGGUCGUGCUGAGACUCGUGGCAAGAAAGUUUCUCCGAAGCCAUCAGUUCGCGAGCGACGCCGUACGCGUACGCCAGAGUUCCCCUCCCGCAAGUCAUCCCCCGAGAGCCUGUCUUACAAAGGCACCGCCAAGCCAACCCAGACUCCCGAGCCACCAGCCUACCGUGGAACUGCAGGCCUGCCUGGAAAGACCGGUGGCAACGAUCGUCGCCAGCAUGGGAAGCACCGCAAGAACGAGUAUCUCGGUACUGACGAGGAGGAUGAAGGCGAGGACUACGGUUAUGACGAUGGCUUUUACUCCGACGUCUCGUCGGACAUGGAGGCUGGCUUUAACGAUGUUGAGGACGAAGAUCGUUUUGCCUUGAAGAAUGCUCGCAAGGAGGAUGAAGAAGAGCUGCGCCAGGAGAUGGCUGCCAAGCAGGAGAAGAUGGAGCGCCAGAAACGACUGGCUGCUCUUGCUUCGCGCAAGCGUUAA